AUGCCGCCCUAUAAACGAAAGAACCUUCUCCUCUGCCUCGACGCCUUCGAUACCCUCUUCACCCCUAGUACUCCCAUCCCAACCGCCUACGCACAAGCAGCAUCCCGUCACGGGAUCCAGAUUCCCUCUACCCAAAGCCUAGCCUCAAGCUUCAAAUCUGCAUUCAAAACCACGUCUCAAAAAUACCCAAACUACGGCAAAUCUACCGUAGGUCUCAGCCCCGAAAAAUGGUGGGAAACCAUUAUCAAAGACACCUUUGCCCCAUUCCUGCAACAAGGCCAGACAGUUUCCCAGAAACUCACCAGCGAACUCCUUGAACACUACUCGUCAAGCAAGGGAUACAGAGUAUUCGACGACGUCAACUCGUUGUUUAGCAUAUUGCGCAAUGCAAAACAGCAGCGCUCAUCCUCAUGGCCAUGGGACACGACCAUCGUGGGCAUAAUCACAAACUCUGACAAUCGCAUUCCGUCCAUCUUAUCCUCGUUUGGCUUGGACGUGGCAUCUCUCCGGUACAGCAAUAGCAACAACAGCACAAAACAAGUAAAUACGAUUGCACGAGAUCAAGAUGUUGAUUUUGUACUCCUAUCCUAUGACGCCAGCGUCGAAAAACCGCACCCUGUGAUUUUCUCUCUUGCAGAGGAAAUGCUUCGUGACGUCGUAUCAAGCAGCUUUGAUGCGCAGGAAAAAGGUCUACAAGCGAGCGACUUUGAAAAACUCCAUGUAGGCGAUGAUCUGGACAAGGAUUAUCUAGGUGCAAAAGGAGCAGGGUGGGGUGCUUUGUUACUGCAGCGAGACCAAGGGUUAGGCAAAGGUGUACAGAAUAUCGAGUUACAAGGAAAAAAUGGAGACAAGCAACGUGUAAAGGCAAUUGGUAGCCUGUUAGAUAUUGCUGGAUGGCAACCUACUAGUACAUAA